AUGGGCAACAGUAACACAACAUCCUCAAAAGCCGCUAUGGAAAAUAAUUUAUUAUCAUUUUUUGUUUUAAAUUGCGAAAAUGGUAAUGAAUUUAGAAAUGAUGUUGAUAAAAAAGAAAUUUUAAAAUAUCAAAAACACAAAUUAUCAGUAACAAUUAAAUAUAAUGGCAAUGAAAAGAGUAUUUCAUGUGAUUAUUACAAGAAUUCAGUUUGGAACAAAGGUGUAAUCCAACAUCCAUUGGUAUCAAAUGUAAAUAGUUGUACUAUCGCAUUGGGUUGUAGCACCAGUAAAAAGGCACCAAAAUAUAGAGAAAUCGAAUUUGAAUUUGGCCAAUACCAAGAAGGCCAAGUUAUUUCUCUCCAAUUCUUUAAAGAGGGUUCCACACAAGAAGAGCAACAACAAGAGUAUACUCAAGAUGGCGCUGAUGAAGUUCCAAUGGAAACAACCUCAGGUGGUAAUGGCCAUCCAACUACUUUAAAUAUUAUUUUCACAAAGAAUUUAUUGAACUUAAAGAAUGAAGUAAAUAGUAUUAUUAAAGAAACUAGAAAUUCUGAUAGCCAUUAUUCAUUCCUUUUCCCAUUCGAAGAUGAUGAUUUCGAUAAUGGAGAUAUCAUUUUAUAUUCAGGCUCAUCACCAGUAUCAGAAAUUAUUAGAGAUAGAUUCUGCAGACCAUGGUCACAUGUUGGUAUUGUUGUAAAGACUUAUCCAUUCAUCAAUCAAAUUAAAGGUCAAGAGUUAUCAGAAGAGCCAGUACUCUAUGUUAUGGAAUCAACUGGUAAAGAGGGUAUUAAAGAUCCAUUUAGAAAAACCCAAUCUUUGACCGGUGUAAAUAUUUUCCCAUUAAGAGACCGUAUUAAGGAGUAUGGUGGUUAUAAUGUCCAAGCAAUUCGUUUAAAUACUCCAUUUAAUCAACGUCAAAAAGAAAGAUGGUUAACCAAUUGCUUUGAAAUGCAUGGUGCUCGUGUUCCAUUCGAUGUUUUCCAAGGUGCUGUUUUAUUAUUAGAAAGAUUAAGACAAUGGAAUCAAGUAAGUGAUAAAUCUGUUUUCUGUUCAGAGUUAGCCGCCAUAUGUUUAUUUAGAGCAGGUGUUUUAGAUGAUGAUGAAAAUUAUCCAGCAAAUACUGACCCAGGCGAAGUAUCUGAAUUUAAAUGUUUUAAAGGAAGUAGAAUUAGAUUUUUAAAAUAUGAUAUUUAA